AUGGUGACUUCUCCAUUUCUCCUCCUAGCAAUAAUAUUUCCUCCUUUGGCAGCCGCCGUCAUGCACUGCGGGCAGUGCGGCAAGACCCCAGUGCCCUACCCGAUGAGCAUCAGCCCGAGCUGCGGCGACCAGGCCUACAAGAUCAAGUGUGAUCCAAACACAGGCACCCUGCAUUUCAUCUCAAAGCCCGGGAGGCUCUACCCGAUCACAUCCAUCGACACGAGGUCCCAACGGAUGGUGAUCCGCCCCCCGUCCGUGCUCCCGGGCACGUGCUUCUCCGAGGACUUCAGCAGCGAGGGCUUCCAAAUCGACGACUCGCUCCCCUUCAACAUCAGCAGCAGCAACACCAUACUCCUCUUCAACUGCACCGACAACAUGUUGCAUCUGCAGGUGCCUAUCAACUGCUCCUCAAACUGCCCUUGCCACACCUACAUCGACAACACUCCUUCGGCAGGCGUCUGCAAUAAGCAGAAGCUCUGCUGCUCGUUCCGGACGGGGGGAUCGCAGAAUGCGUACAUCAUCCGUGUCCACGCGGACGGAUGUAUGGCGUACCACAGCUACGUGAACUUCGAUCCCAGCCUCCCGUUUGCCAAGUGGCCGGCGCCCGGGCUGGAGCUCAUGUACGUCUCCCCGUUGGAGCCGCCCUGCAACACUACGUUGGGCUGCCGUGAGCUGCCCUUCUCGAAGUGCUUGGCCGAUUCCGUCGACGGUGGCCGCAGGAGGUGCCUCUGCAAGAAGGGGCGCUACUGGGAUCCUGCAACAGGAUAUUGCCAAAAGUGCCGACAUGGUACAGGCUGCAAGAUACAUAUCAAUCACACUCCUGCUAUUGGAGCGACUACGGGCGUAUUCCUUCUCCUGCUUCUGACCGCAUUCCUCGUGUACAGACAGCGUCAAUACACAAAGAACGCGGCAAGAAAGACACUAAUCAAGCAAAGAGAGCAUAUCUUAAAUUCUCACAACAGCGGCAAAUCAGCCAAGAUUUUCUCAGGCAAAGAGAUCAAGAAAGCAACCAACGACUUCUCUAAAGAGAACCUGCUCGGCACCGGCGGAUUCGGGGAGGUUUUCAAAGGUACCUUAGACGACCGGACCGAGAUAGCCGUGAAGAGGGCGAAGCCGGGGAACGCCGCGGGCACGGCCCAGGUCCUCAACGAGGUCAGGAUCCUCUGCCAGGUCAACCAUCGGAGCCUGGUGAGGAUGAUCGGCUGCUGCGUGGAGCUCGAGCAGCCCCUCUUGAUAUACGAGUACGUCGCGAGGGGGACCCUCUUCGAGCACCUGCACAGGGCGGAGGCGCGCCAGACUCCGCCCCUGGGCUGGCUGAGGCGCCUCUUCAUCGCCCACCACGCGGCCGACGGCCUUGCCUACCUCCACUCGUCCGCUGUGCCCCCCAUCUACCACCGGGACGUGAAGACGAGCAACAUACUCCUAGAUGAGAACCUCGACGCUAAGGUGUCGGAUUUUGGGCUGUCGAGGUUGGUCGAGCUAAGCGAGAGGGACUGCACCCACAUCAACACCUCAGCUCAGGGGACGCUCGGGUACCUCGAUCCCGAGUACUACGUGAACAUGCAGCUCACGGAUCGGAGCGACGUGUACAGCUUCGGCGUCGUGCUGCUGGAGCUGCUGACUUGCAAGAGAGCUAUUGAUUUCAAUAGAGAGGAGGAGAAUGUGAACCUGGUGGUUUACAUGAAGAGGAUGUUUGAUGAGGACAACCUGAUGGCCGUGCUCGAUCCAGCGAUCAAGCAAGGGGCGACGGAGGUGGAGCUCGAGACGAUGAAGGCAAUCGGGAAUCUGGCUGCAGCUUGCUUGGACGAACGACGGCAGAAUCGCCCUUCCAUGAAGGAGGUUGCAGACGAGAUCGAGUGUGUUAUCAGCAUUAUCACCGGCGAUGAUGCUUCCAAAAUGUAGUCAAUUUCAGGUGUUUUAUUUUGUGUUUUUUUCUUAAAUAUACUGCUAGUUUUGUC